CCACGUGCGGAUAUGUGGCAUGUGUUUCAUUAAAUUAAUUAUGGAAGUUCUUUUAUUUUGCAUGUACUCACAUCCCAACGACCCAACUAAUUAAAAAUAUUUAGAAUGCUUUGUGGGCAUGGCUUGAAUAUCCAGGUUAAUUAUUUCGCUUGUGAGCCACGCAGAGUAUGCUUAUAUGGUAGUAAAAGGAUUACCAUCUACUCGUAACGAUAAUCAGAAACGCAACGAAGCACAGACCCCAAUAAAGUAAAGUUCCCCAGUAAAGUGCGCAGCUCUACCUGCCUCAACACUUUUAUAAUUUUACACGGAGGCCAGUCGAGUGCUCCCUAAAGUGCCUAAAGUACCUUAGUGCUACCUGGGCCAAAGUUCUCGGGCACACAGGCUCCUUCACACAGGCUCGAGGCAGCGGUCAGGGGCACCAGGAGCGGCCGUAGGUUAUUUGUCUAUUUGACUUCACCGGUAAACAACAUGGCGCCGAAAGCUCGGUUUCAAGACGGCGAGAAGGUUCUAUGUUUUCACGGGCCGCUGCUGUAUGAAGCUAAGUGCAUCAAGGCACAGGUUAAGGACAAGCAAACCAAGUACUUCAUCCAUUACAGUGGCUGGAACAAAAAUUGGGACGAGUGGGUUCCUGAAAGCCGUGUACUCAAGUUCAAUGAUGUUAAUCUCCAAAAGCAAAAGGAACUCGAGAAGGCGCACCUGUCCUCCGCCUCUCACUCGCACUCUGCUUUAAAAGGAAAAAAAAACAAAGCUACUAAACCAAAGAAAGAGAUAGACAAAGAACGCUCCUCGACUCCAUCCCAAGAAAAGCCUCAGAAACAGAAAGGUGGUGCAGCAGCAUCGGCAGCCGCUUCCCACCAGCCAACCUCUAGUCAGGCUUCAGAGUCGGGUGGAGAAAGCCACAGAAAGAAACGGAGCCGUUUGGACCCCCAUGUCGAGUCGGAGGAAGCAUUUUUGGCUCGAGUAGAGAUCAAGGUCCGUAUACCAGAUGAACUCAAGCCUUGGCUCGUAGAUGACUGGGACCUUAUCACACGACAAAAAAAGCUUGUUCAGCUUCCCUGCAAUGUUACUGUGGACCACAUUUUGGCCGAUUAUGUGAAACAGAAGACGUCAGUGAAAGGAAUUUCAUCUAACAAGGAGAGUGCUGUCAUUGAAGUGACGAACGGGCUCAAGGAAUACUUCAACGUGAUGCUAGGAAGCCAACUUUUGUACAAAUUUGAACGGCCUCAGUAUGCUGAUGUUUUAAAUGAGAGACCAGACACCCCAAUGUCGCAAAUAUAUGGUGCCAUUCACUUACUCAGGCUGUUCGUGAAGCUUGGCAGCAUGUUGGCUUACACACCACUGGACGAGAAGAGCGUCCAGCUUCUGCUCCAUCACAUUCAUGACUUUUUGAAGUACAUGGCUAGGAACUCCCAGCUGUUCAGUCUGAACGACUACACAAUAGCGCCUCCAGACUACCAACGAAAAGCCAUCUGAAAUUGAAAAGCCGCACUGCUCAAAACAAAACCUCCAAUCAAUGUGUGGAAAUUGUCUUCCUUGCACUUGCUGCAUUUAUUUGCUGCCGCAGGUGCAGUUAUGCUAUAUACGUGAGCUCAGGAGAAAGGAAAACUCCUUUGUCACUGCUGUAUCUCACUAGUAAACACAGCUUUGCGACAACAAUUGUGUAAUUUAUGCCCAAGUUGAACGCAUUUAAGCUGUAUUCAUUCUACAAAUGUCAUUCAUUGUCAAGGUUUCCAAAAAGUAUAGUUCUCAGUCUGUCUGAAGAUCUUGUUGGAUGACUGUCAUUAAACGAAAGUGUGAAUGUUCAUUGUGAAAGUAUGCAUGUUUACAAAUACAUUUAGGAUGUUCAAGCUCA